AUGGAGCGGAAAUACUUGCGACCGAAUGAACGAUGCCCAGUACCGUUGAAUGAGGACUUCUUCAAAGAAAUUAUCGGUGGGGACAGUGAAGGACGACAGCAAAGUGCCGAUACUGCGCAUCGGAUAGACGAGAUGUACGCAUCGAAUGUUGCGGCCGAAGUUGCACCUUCGGCUGUGAAUAUUGUCGGAAAUCAAUAUGAGAAUUUGAUAAGCCUGAGCUUUGAUCAGGAUGAGCUAAUACGGCAAGAGGAGAAUCGACGUCGACAAAUGAGGGAAAGGAUCGUUAAUGCGGCGCUCAGAAAAUGA